AUGUCCAUGCGUCAGGAUACGCGAUGCACCGAUCGUGGUCUCAUGGGGAUUCUGGCCCGAUCUCUGGGCGGGCGAGGGGACGCCCGUCGGCAAGCCGCACACGGGCCGUGCCGGCGAAGCUUGUUUCCUGCCCUCACCGUGCCCCAGGAGCCAUCUCGCACCGAGCUGGCGGCAGUCGCCCAGAUGCUGGCGGUGAAACGUCUCACACCUCCAGUCCAGCCUAGUCAGAUGCUCGAUGCCCGAUGCCCGAUGCCCGAGGCGAGCAGUGCGAGAGGCCGGCCAGAGGCACAGAGACGAGCCGCUCGAUCAGGCUCGCGACAUCGCGGGAGCCGCAUCGACGGCGCUUCAUCCAGCGUCUCGCUCACCCUGGCGCGUGUCCACCACGGUCCCUGUGAGAGGGCGAGCCCAGAGCCAGUGGAUAGCCCCUUGGCUGCGGGAAGGAUUCAAGCCAAUCCACGCCUUUGGACCACCCCGCCCACCACCCACACCUUUUGCGGGGGUAAGACGGUGUCACCGCCGAGCGAGUCUGCCUUUGCGGCCUCGCCGAUCCAGACGGUCCCGUCGUCGCAUGCUUCUUCACGCCGGCGACUUGAGCCAACGUCGCUUGCGAUGCGAUGCUAUCAUGCGUCAACCAUGGUUCCGUCGUCACUCUGCUCUAUCGCACCCGCUGGCGACGAGGAUCAACCGUGGCACGGGAAAUUUGGCCCAAGCCGCCCAUCUGCAGUCCCCAGGAGCCAGUUGCACGGCGCGGGCUUGGGACCGCUGCCUUCUGCCGUGCUAUCACCACCACCAAGACCAUUGGCACCGCGACCCAGCAGCAUUCUUGGCGUCCUGGGGCGUCCUGGUCCGCAAUAUUGGUACUCUCCCAAGAGGUGCCCUCUGCGGAUCUCCCGUCCCCUGGCUGUCGGCGCGCCAUGCCCUCACUGCUGCAAUCCUGCCAUUGUCGCACCUCUGCGAACUUCCAGAAGCGGCUCGCACCACGCAGCACGUCAAUUCGGGGUCCCUGGUCUCACAGAACUCGACCAGUCGUGGGCACAAGUCGACAUGGUGAAGCGAACAGCCAGGGCAGCAGAGGUCGCGACCGCAGUCUUCGGGCUUCAGCAGUCCGGCUCUGUCACUGACAUGCCACGCAUGCCUCCUGCGUCCAUGUGGCAGCACAUGCUCCAAUGCGAGGCAUCACCAAUCAGCGCGGGCAGCAGCAUGUGCUCGACUCACUGCGAGACAUGCCGGCCUCCUGCAUAA